AUGAUUCAGGCAUUUGGGUGCAUAGAUGGGACCCAUAUUCCUAUGAAGAGACCUAUAAGAAACUCCCAAGACUAUUUCAACUAUAAACAGUUCUUCUCAUUAAACAUCCAAGCAGUUAGUGAUGCUAAUGGCCAGUUUGUCAAUGUCGAGUGCAAGUGGCCUGGAUCAGUUCAUGAUGCCAAGGUUUUUGCCAAUUCAGAUAUCAACGUGAAACUUUACAGAGCUCAGCUUCCCCUGAAGUUUAGCACUGUUCUUCCUGGAUUCGAGGCAGUCCCAGACGAUCUUAUUGGUGAUAAAGCUUAUCCCUUAACCCCUUUCUGCAUGAAAGAGUACCAAACUUGUGCAAGCAAUGAAGACGUUUUAUUCAAUACCAUGCUCAGGUUCGCAAGAAACCAAAUAGAAUGUGCCUUUGGACGCUUCAAGGCCAAAUGGAGAUUUCUAACUCGUAUUGUGGAUAUUAGGGUGGAAAUGGUGCCCACAGUUGUUUUAUACUUCACAAUUAUUGUGAAAGGAAUGGAAACUGCAUCGAUGAGGAUGAAAUUCAGUCUUAAGUACUUAGAAAUCAAAUAG